UGGAGAAAAAUCAAACCAGAAUCAAAAUGGUUUCCAUUUGACGUAAAAAGUUGUCAGUGUAAUUUUUCUCUUUAAAUUGUCGAUUUGUUCAAUUUUAUUUAAUUAAGUGUCCGUAUAUGCAAUUAAUCAGGAAUAUCAGUGUACUCUAGAACUUCAAAGAUAAGUGGAUUCAUCUCAUCAUCCUGGAUUUGUUACCUACCUAAGUGAGAAAAGGGUCAACCUGGAAAUAGACAUAUAAUCAGAAAGAGAGACAGAAAGAGAAAAAAGAAAGAGAGUCAAAGAAAGAGACUUACAGGCUGAAGAAAGAGAUUCUGAAAAAAAACCUAAGGUUUAUAAAUAUAUAAAUAUAAAUAAAUAUAUAUAUUUUGACAUUAAAAUAUAUAUAUGUUUGUGUUAUUUAACACGAUAUAAUUUUGUGUAUACCUUUUCUAUAUCUGUAAAAAAGUUUAAGAUUGUAGAUGUUCGGAAAAAGAAGGAGAAGAAUCAAUACUAACCAAAACAAUAGUCAUUACCCCUUUUUUGUUUAUUGUCUGGUUACCAAUUGACAAAGUCAACGGAAGUGGAACUUCUCUUUUCAUCUCCCUGAGGAUCUGUCUCCUCAUUUUACAUAAUAUUAGCCUAAGAUCAUCUUUGUGCCAGCUAAAAGAUGAAUCCUGGGUUCGAUAUUAAUUCAUUAGCUGGCUGUUCCAACUUAAAUGAGAGUAAUGCAACUUCUGGUGUUGUGCAUGGUUUUCCUUUACCUGGACCAGGACCUGGCUCUGGUCCACAAGCUGUUCCUCAAUCGUCGUCAGUACCACCAUCUCCAAUAUCAAUCCCAACUGCAGCAUUAGGUCAACAGCCUCCAUUAUCGAUGCCACCACAACAAUCAAUGGGAACCAUGGGAGGACCAGCUAUGAGUGUGCCAACCAAUGUUCUUAAUACUUGGGCAUCAUCAGUAAACUUAUCAUCUAUCCAAUCUUUGGUUGAUGUGUUAUUAGAGUUACCUUUGCCUUCAGAGAUUGAGCUACCAAGUCAAAAUCAACCGUUAAUCUCUGUAAAUCAGGAACAACAACAUCUUAGCAAUAACAUUGAACAAGAGUUGGUACAGCAGCAUCACUUGUCUCAUCAAUUAUCUUCAUGCCUUUUACAGGCUAGGCAGCAAUUAAAUGAACUUAAUCUCAAUUGGAUUAGCAGUCCGGUGAACGAGGGAAAUCAAGAAUUCUCUCAGAAUCUUCAGGUUAACUCUUAUUUACUCUCACUCCUCCAGAGACAAGAUAUUUUUGGUGAAGAUGUUAGACUACCGCCUGUAAUUCAUGCACAGCCAUCUGUAUCAUCAUGUGUCUCAUCAAGUCAGCCUCAACAACAUCCUCAAUCAUCCCACCAUCAACAACAGCAACAGUACCAACAGCAGCAACAACCUCAGCAACAACCUCAGCAGCAGCAACAGCAACAACCUCAGCAGCAGCAUCAACAACAACAACAACAACCUCCUCCACCUCAACAGCCUUUGUUAUUACCACCUCCUACUCCUACCACCCCAUCUGCACAAAGUGGCCCUCAAACUCGAUCCCACUCUAACCCUUAUUGGAAUCCCUUUAUCAAUGAACAACAAUCAGCUCAAUCACCCGCUUCGGGUGUACCGAAUCAACAACAACCUUAUAGCCGACAUCCAAAUCAGAUGUACAGUAAUGAAAAUAGUAAUUCUAGUGGCUCUUUUCCAGAUAUUGGAUCGGCUGCACCGGGUACUCCAAGUGCGCCACCCAAUCAUAACUCAGCUAAAAUCAAGAGCCAGUCUUAUAAUGAAAUGACUGGUAAGCAUCCCCAAGGAGUUGUGUUGGAAUCGCCUGAUAUGAAUAAUACAUCCUCGUACUCUCCAACAUCAUUCGAAUCAUUUACGUCUCUCGGGGAAAGGGUCAAGAAAAGACAAAGAAACAAUUUACCCACCCCAACUCCUCCAGCUAAUGCAACUCCCGUUAGAGAACCCUCAUCAUCUACAAUUACUCCAUCUUCAUCAAGUGUACAAAAUGAAAGAACGGUUCAUCAAAGUGAAGAAAUCAUCACCCCUCCUCCCAGAAAAUUAUCGAAAUCAUUAUCAUCCACAACUGUAAAAUCUUUUCAUACGAUGUCCUCUUCUUCUUCAACCUCUCCAAGACUUAUUUCUUCCAGUAGUUCAGCUCCAGCUCCUGAAAAAUUUGAAGCCAUGUUAGAUGAACUUUUUGACAUGGACAAUGUAAAGAAACCCGCUGCAUCAUCAGAUGAGAGCUCUGAUUCUGAAGAUGACGGCAGGAAACGAAAAACACAAAAGAAAACAAAUGGUGACAAUUCAACGUCUAAUAAGAGUUUACUCUUUGAUAUAACAUUGUCAUCAACAACGUUAACCACCUUCGUUUGUUUGGCAGCCAAAUUAAAAAGAAUUAAUGCCAUGCAAAAUAUACCUGUUGAAAAAUUAGGUAAAAUUUUGAACGUUUUGAACCAACAGUUGGCUAUACAAUCAGCUGGACUUAAAGAUAAGAGAAGGAAAUCAACCGAUACUGGUGAUCCAAAUGCCGAAGAUGAUGAGGAAGAGAGUAUAGCCAAUUCAGCAUCGCUUAUGUCAAAAUUUGAGAUGUGUUGUGAUUGUUGUUUAUUAGCUUUGUAUAUAAUGACUUCCAAAGGAAUGUCAUCUCGAGUCUACUUAGAAGAAUGUAUUGAACAUAUUAUUGCCUUUCUAAAUACUACUAUUCAGCAAUAUACAACCAUCGGGGGUGCUCCAUCAAUGUUCGCAAGUCCCAAAAAAGGUGGUAAAUCUCCAAAAAAGUCGAGUAAUUCAUGUGUCUCACCAUUUUCAUCAGCUAACAAAAAACUUCUCUACAAAAUGUACGUUAAGUGGAGUGAAUUGAUUGGUUGCCUGGUCGAGCUGUUGAAUGCUCGAGCAGGAACACUCACUGAUACCUUAGUAUUAUCUGCUACACGGGUUGCCCUAGGAGCCUUCUUCCUUGAAAAUCUCAAUGCUUCCGGCUCCAAUCAAUCAAGCAAUGAGAUCCAAUUAAACGCUCUUAAUCUAACAACAACCAUAUUCUCACAAUAUCAUGCACAUCGUCCAGUUAUUUUAGAGGAAAUUCUGCAUUCUAUUGCAAGAGUGUCCACUUGUAAAAGAGGUCGAGUUUUGUACAAAGUUGAAAGUGAUGAUAAAUCCGCAGCUUACAUCUCAAUGUUCAGUGCAUUAUUACUGCGUCUGAUUCAAAGUUUAUUCAUACCGGAAAGAAGAAAAGAAGAUAAAACAAAUGAAAUGAACGAGGCUGGCGAUAGCAAGGAUAAAGAGAAAGAGAAAGUUAUCGAUAAGUCUAAAGAGAAGCAAGAUCAAAGUCAAAUACUCCGUAAGCAAUACGAUUCUGCUCUUCUCACGGCUCUCUCCUUCUUAACAACUUUCCUGAAAAAGUGUCAUGGUUCUUCAGGGGGAGGGUCAGCUUCCUCAAGUGAUGCCGACUUUCGUGUUAUCUUCGAAAAUCUUGUGAAUGAUUUAAUGGUAACUCUUUUUAAACCCAACUGGCCAGCAUCACAAAUGUUAACUAAAGUGUUGAUGCGAAUGUUUCUUAAUAAUGUGAAAGCAACUAAUAAAAGCCCGGCUAAGGGAAGUGGUUCAGGUAACAUGAGUGCAAAUCUAAACAUGAAACUACACAGCCUUGACCAUUUGGGAAACAUUUGCUCUCGUUAUGCAAAAGAAUUAAAUUCAGUGGAAAAAGUGAAACUUGAUGUACAAACUAGACUUCGGAAUCUUUUGUCGGGUGGUGGAAUUGAAAUGAAUCCUCGACAAAACUCGGAUGAUGAAGAAGACGCGGAUGACGAAAAAAGGCGCAAAGAUGAUGAAGAUAGAGUAAAAAGUGACGGAGAAGGAAACGACAGUGGUGAUGAAGAAUCCAGAAAGGCUAAUAAAAAUAAGAACAAAGAUAAGAAGAAGAAAAACUCGAAAAAGAAAGAAGAUCGUCUAUUGAAUGAUAACAUUCUCGUAAGGGAAAUGUGGAAACAUUUAUUCAGAUACUGUGAUGAAGAAAAGUUAUUAGAAGAGAAAAAUUUAUUCACCGCAAGUUUCAUCAAAGAAAUGGACAGAGAAAUGGAAUUAAAAAUCAAAGAUGACCAAUAUGAAGAGGAUAAGAUCCGCGAAAAUUUCAACUUGAGGGUGAAAAAGUUUAUGGACAUUUAUAAAUCUGCUUCUAAUCAAAAUGCAUCUGAAGAAGAAUAUCAUGUCAUCGAUUCCAGAACAGCUGAACAAAUCAUCAGAUAUUUGGACAACUCAUUAAGUUCAACAGAAAAAUUGUUUGAUGUCGCUUUAGCUCACAUAGUAAGUACCCUUUCUGGUACAAGUAACACCACCAUGAGAUCUCGAGCAAUGAAAGCUUUGUCAACAAUUUUGAAUAAUGCACCUAAAAAACGAGCAAUCACGCUAUUAUCUCGCCCCGAUGUACAAAGAGCCACUAGAGCAGCACUUCUUGAUACAAGUACCUCAGUUCGAGAAGCAACUAUUGAUUUGAUCGGUAAAUUUAUUUUAAAUGGUCAAUCAGAGGAGCUUAUCGACAAAUAUUAUGAGAUUUUAACAGAGCGAAUUUUGGAUGCUGGUGUAUCUGUUCGGAAAAGAGUUAUCAAAAUAUUACGUGAAAUUUGUAUCGUUUAUCCAUCUUACAAAAGAGUGCCUGAAAUUUGCUCAAAAAUUAUUAAACGUAUUAAUGAUGAUGGCGAGGGAAUCAGAAAAUUGGUAACUGAAACAUUCACAACCAUGUGGUUCAAGGAAGAAAAAGAUAAAGAAGCGGCAAAAAUGAAGGUUAAGUGCAUUAAUCAUGUUGUAGCGACUGUUAUAACCGAAAGAAUUGGUACCGAGUGGCUUCAACAAUUAUUAACCAACCUUUUCAGCUCGGGUCCCGAUGGCAAGGUCAAGAAAAAUGUUAUGGACGAUGAUGAUGAUGAAAAGACAACUCCUUCAGCUGCUCAAUUACAGCAAGUGAUUGCAGCAUCAGCCCAGAUUGUCGAUGUCUUAGUGAGUGAUGUUCUUUGUGGAAGUGGACCCAAUUCAGAUGAUCCUCAAGCUAGUCUUGAUAAUAACAGUAAAAGUACUUGUUUUGCCACCAUGACAACCAUCUGGCUAUUCAGUAAAGUUUGUCCACAACUGUUGGUCAAUCACAUUUCCAUCCUUCAACCUUACUUAUCGGUCAAAAUCACCAGCGAACUUGAUUCACUUAUUCUUAUCAAAGCUGUUCAAACUAUCGAACAUGUCCUGCCAAAGUUAACCAAUCCAUCUGAUCUCCUAUUAUCAAGUAUUGAGGAAGGGUUGACCAAAAUAAUUUUACAAAGUAAUCCUCAAGUUUUGGUUGUUUGUGUUUCCUGUUUAAGCUCAUUGAUUCAUAAGCACACCAAUAACAAGCAACUUGCCCAAGAUCUCUUCAAACGGUUCUUCUCUUUAUUAGACUCGUUGUACAGACUUCCACAGAGUGAUUUUAAUAGUCCUAUUAAUAGGCCUCGACUUUUACGAGCUUUAUUCACCUGUGGACUUUUUGCCAAACAUUUUGAAUUUUUGGCAGAAAAACAGCAAUUAUACCAACUUUUUGUACAGUUUGUCGCCAGGAACAUGCCUUCAGAAGAGAAUGGUUACAAAGUUGGAGAUUUAUCCAUCAUAAACAAUGCACUUUCUGGUUUAGGAUUCAUGUUUGAACGCAAUCCAGCAUAUACACUUCAAAUGCAAACUCAAGACAUUUAUAAAAGUAUUUUAAGUGCUGCUUUAAACAUUUCUGAUUGUAAACCAUUGGAAACCUAUUAUGAAUCAACAAUGAUCAGUGUUCUCAAAAAUUUAACGAAUUAUUUAUCAGAUGAACUGAAUGCUGAAAUAGCUAAAACACUGGAUUGGUCCAAAGAAAAUCUUAAAACUAUGUCAUAUGAAGAUAGUGAGGAAGGUGACAGCAACUCUAUCCAAUCUUCAAUCAUUCAAACAUAUCUGCCAGAUAUUGUCAAGUGCACUCUUUGUCCAUUAACAUCCGUUCGUAAAGCUGCAGUUAACCUGAUUCACAUCAUACAUCGAGGUGGAAUUGUCCAUCCAUUGCAAUUAGUACCCUACCUCAUUGCUAUGUCUUCUGAUGAUGAUACAAGCAUUCGUUCACGUGCCGAUCAUGUACUUCACGAAAUUGAACGUAAAUAUCAUGGUUUUGUCUCAAUGAAAGCCCGUCAAGGUGUACAAUUGUCAUUCCAACUUCAUAACUUCUCGGGUCGUCGUGGUUAUAGAAUUGAAAAUAUCAUGCAAUCAUCUCCAGCCAAUGUAUCAUCACCAAACUCCUCUUCCUUUGCAGCUUCAUCAAAUCAACCAGCUCCUGAAGAUCAAUUGAUUACCGGUAGAUUAUCAACAUUGUACAGUGUCAUCGCUAGUAAUAGGCAAUCAAGAAGAGCAUUUAUUACUGGACUGCUGAAAUAUUUUGACCUCAUGUCUGAACCUCAUUCAUUUUUUUCAUAUGAUCCUAUGUCUGUUGGUAUUAUCAAUUUAUACGAUGGUAGCAACGCUGGAAUCGAUUUAGUACCUUUGCAACAAUAUGUUUCUGAUAACUUAAUCUGGUUGCCUUACUCAGUUCUUGAUGAGCCUUUGUAUAUAUUGAGUCAACUUGAAGUUAAUAUUAGUGUUACUGCAAGUCAAAUUCAAGCUCAAUUUAAAGACUUACUGAAUCUAUCUCAUGAUUAUGAUGAUGAAGAUGAGGAGGGAAAUCAAAAAAUUGUAAAAAAAGAAGAACAUAAACCUGAUGUAACAAGAAUGGAUGAGAACGGUAGAAACUAUGGAGAAGAUGAAGCCAAUGAAGAAAAGUUGAAUUCGUUAGAAAUGAAAAUGGACAUUUCAAUGGCAUCAGCUACGUCCGAAUCAGAUAUGAGGCUGGAUAUGUCUACCGAGCCCAAGACAGAAAAUGGAUUUGUUAACCCUUUGCCUGUCUCAUCUAAAGAUUUUAUUUCCUCAGCAGCUGUAGCCGAAUUGAUUCGUUGUUUAAAAGCAUUUUAUAUGCUUUGUUGGUGUAAACAAAUGAUCAGAGAGUUAUUUAAUAUCACCGAUGCCAAAUUCCAAGAUUAUUCACCAAGUGAAAACCAGAAAGUUUGGGACAAACAAAUGCAUCGCCGUCAUGUCGAUCCAAGAUUGUUACAGAAACUCAUGGCAUAUCCAGCAGUCAAUAUUGAUCUUGAAAAUUUCACCAGAGAAACUAUAUUACUUGAAUAUCAAAGAUUUAAGAAUCUCCAGCUCACUGGUUUUGACGAGACUUGUAAAAAUGUGGCAAUUCUUCUUAAAGAACCCUUACCAAAAGAAAAGAAGGAAAAGGAAAAAAGUAGCCGCAGUAAUCGUCACCGUAUUGAAGAAGAAGACGAAGAAGAAGAUGAAGAACCAUCAAUUGAAGAGGAAGAAGAAAAAAUUCCGGUUGUUUCAUCUUCCUAUAAUCAUCAGGCUGAUCUUGGAUUGCCUAAAUUAUCCGAAGAAGAGAAAGAAAAGUUGAUUGAAAAAAUCAAAAUGUCUGAUUGCCAAGUGAAAUUAAUUGACAUUAAUGCUUCCAUAAAUUCUAAUCAAAUUACAAUGAACUCAAACAAUACCGAUGAAAGUGAUGCUCGAUCUGGUUUAAAGAUGACCAUUUCAACGGCCAACAUGAACUCUCAUAGUGCAGAUAAAAUUAGAAGUUCUUGUAAGAAGAAAAAGAAGAAGCAUAAAAAAUAUUCAGACUAGACAUUUUAAUUAUAAUCAUACUAAUCAUUUUUUCUAUUUAUUCAUAAAUCAAAGCAAAAUUUCGAUGUACAAUUCAUAUUAAAAGAGAUAAUACAGAUUGGUAUCCAUUUCUUAUAAAAGAAACACUUAAUCUCUUUAAUUUAUUAA